AUGACGAGACCGGCCAUCAUCCGCGCCGAUACAAUCGAUCUGCAGGAUCACACCGCUCCGUCGGCCAAGGACCAUCACCAUCCGCCAAAGCCCGCGUCGGGUGCUUCUGCCGUCGCACACGUUGCGCCCCAUCAAGCCGAGACACUUCGCGAGAUUGCUCACGAAACCGCUGAAGAGGAGGCCCGCAGCCCACCGAUUACGUGGACAUAUCCUCGGGGCGUCGGAACCGGGGACGACCUGCUGCCGCACCGUGACGGAAGCGACCAUUCUAGCUCACCUGACCCGACUGUCGACUCCGAGAUGCAGCACGAACAUCACGAACAACAGGAGGAUGACGACCUCGCCCUUGGCCAAAACGGAGGCACCUCGUCUUCGGACGAAGGCGACCUCGAUGGCGAUGGCGACGGCGACGGCGACCUGGAUGAUGACAUGAUGGAUAAGAUCUCGAGCUCGCCCUCGAUUGAAGAUGGACAAGUGUGCACCUCCAUCAGCUCGGUAUGGCAGCCGCCGAGUGGCAAUGCUGUCGUCGUCGUCUUCUUCCUCGUCGUGCGCGUGCCGGCUCGUGCCCCAACGAUGGCGGCAGUUGGUGCCUGCGCCCUCAACGGCUGGUGCACGAGGCCUCCAGCGACAUUCGUCGAGUGCCAGAAGCGGGGACUAGCCGUCGGCUCGAACCGGAACCCAGCACAGAGGUCUAGGAGACCUCAACAGCUGGCAGAAAACUCGAGUGGCCCCGCGCAACGGCUUGAGCUUGAGCCGGAUGGGUUGUUUCACUACAUCGCGCACGCUGGCCAAGACCCCGACGACCCUCUGUUCCCUGUCCCAUACCAGCCGCCAUCCGAGGACGAAGAUGAUGGCUCUGAAUGUUCCCUCCCCGACGACCCGCGCUGCAUUGAACCUGGCUCUGUGCUCUCAUGCUUACCAGGCCCAGGGGACAUCGAUUUCGAGUUCGUUUACGCCCUGCAUACCUUUGUCGCUACUGUCGAAGGCCAGGCAAACGCGACGAAGGGUGACACAAUGGUGUUGCUGGACGAUAGCAACAGCUACUGGUGGUUGGUGAGGGUGGUGAAGGACAGUAGUAUUGGGUACCUGCCUGCGGAACACAUCGAAACGCCGACCGAGAGACUGGCUCGUUUGAAUAAGCACAGGAACAUCGAUCUGUCGGCGACGAUGCUUGGGGACCAAGCGCCAAAACAGAAGAACACAAAUACCUUCAAGGGAAUUCGCAGACGGCGGAAAACGGUGGCAUUCUCGGAGCCGACGUAUGUCGAUUACUCUGACUUUGAAUAUUCCACCGACGAAGAAGAUAUUGAAGAGUUGUUCGGUCCCUCCGGCACAUCUCAGCAGCAGAAUGAUACCCAGAAGCCAGAGCAGGAACGCGAUCAGCAGGCAGCAGCCGAGGAUGAAAUCACGGAAGCAAGUCCGACAGUAGAGCCCUCCAAGACCUGGCCGAGCACGGAGGACACCGUCCGCGAAUCUGCAAAACAAGACCCCACCCUCGGCGAAGAAGAGGCUCGGGGUAGGGGUAGUGAUGAGAUGUCGGAUAGAAAGCCGGACGGGGUCAGCAGGUCGAGGAAUGGCACAGUCCGGAACACGGAUUCGUUCUACAAAGACGAGAGCGUCGAGACCAGGAAGAUCAGUCUCACUCCAAACUUGUUGCGUGAUGAUAACACGUCGCGAGGAUCGAGCGAAUCAAGCACCAGAGAGCUGAAAACGAAGGCGAGCUUGGAUAAGUUGGAUAAGGAGCUCGUGUCCGACCGGGACAAGAAGAGGAUCAAGGACAAGGAGAAGAAGGACAAGGAGAAGAAACCGAACGCGAUUCGGAGCUUCUUCUCGAGAAAGGACAAAAGGAAGAUGUCCGAGGAUGAUGACGAUUCGUUUGGCAAGCGAUCCAUGGACUCGAUGGCUGAACGACGAGAGAGUGACGACCGCGGAACGGAUGAGCAGACUGCUCUAGACAAGCCUUCUGGCAGCGCGCCGCGGAGCCCAAGCAAGCUGCAGAAGCCGGCACCCCCCGGCCAUUCCCCUGCCGGUGCUGUGGUACAGAAAUCCGUUGAGCUGUCGACCUACUUGGCAGAGGGGCGCACCAACGAUGUUUCCAAUGUCCCUCCCGCAUCGAUGAGAAUCGUCGAUCCCGGGACCAUGGAGACCCAAGAAGUGCCGUCGAGUCAGCACCAGCAGCCGAAUCGGGAGAGAGCUUCCUCAACUUCCCACCGGGAGGAGAAGUCCUCUCCCUCCAAGGAUAAAUUUUCUCGAAAGGAUAGUAUCCCGGACGCAAAAUCGCAAAAGGUCAUCAAAUCCAAGACUCACCGCGAGGUGGACGCCGGCGACGGCGCCGACGCCGACGAAGCGGUUCAUGGGAACCUACGGCAGGCCGACCCUGACGCUCUUCUCAAAAAGGAUCGAGAGACAUCGACGAGGGCCCCGUUGCCAGCUGCGCAUCAGCACAGUGGCCAAGCCAAAUCGGCCACUGCCGGCGACAUCGCCACGACGCAGGAAUCUCACCAGAAUGCGCCCCGGGGAACGCUUAGGCAGCCCGUCAAUACCUCGCCCGCCGGCAGGUCUGACCCGCCGGGGCUUGUGGUCGAUACCUCUUCUCCGGAGGGCCAUUCGCCGGAGGCUUCACCGUCGCCUGACCAAGCUCGAAUGGUGGGUGGCAGGCAGAGACACGGUAGCGUUGCGAGCAGGGAGUCAACGUGGGACGAUACAAAGCUGCGGGCUUUCUUCGACGAACCAGAUCACAUCCGCGACUUGCUGGCAGUAGUCUAUGACAAAACCGAUGAUGACGAUGAACCGGCAAGCAGCGAUCAUCCAAUCGUGAGCGGAUUAUUCCGAGAGCAAAAUGCCAAGUUGGCCGAAAUUACAACGGUGAGACUUCUCUGA